AUGGAUUCGGACGGUCUUUUGCCAGUUCUCCUGGAUCAGGGAAGUGGUGAGGCCACGAAGUCUAAGGCCACCGUAGGUGCUACUGGCAAUAGUUACUGCGAGUACCUGCUCAAGCAGCCGACUUUAUCGGGCGAAAACGACAUCAGGUAUAGAUCCCAGUACAUGCACGCGGUCGAUGGCAUUAGGGACAAGCUUGUGAGCAGCCGAAACCACGUAGACAGCAUGUUCAAGGCGCACCUCACGCGAAUAGAACAGCCUGUCAAGACUUGCUACCAAGUGUGCGAGCAGAUCGAGACCAAACUUGCUACCCAAAUCGCGUACGCUAGCGUGAAGGAAAGUGUCGAGAAUGGUUUGGUCGUCAGCGCAACAGACGCACUCGAUCUGUCGUGUCCUGGAACGGUGGACAGUCGAAUGAUGGUUCGCUACCGCGGCACAAAAGACGAGAAGUAUUGUGCAUACGGCCGCGAAAUCACGAAGGCAUUCGACUUGCACGAUGUUGUCAGUAUUGGUAUGACCAGCAAAGUUCGACCGAGCUCGAGUCCACGCCGGAAGAAAUAUAGGGCAAGUAGCAGUGAGACGGAUGGUCGUAGCCAAGUGCGACGCGAUGGUUCAAUGGCUCUUAUCAACGAAUGA